AAAAGUUGUUAAUGAAUGACCGUAGGGGCAGAUACUGUGUCUUGUAGGUUGACUUACAACGGCUCCAGCAGAGAAAUGGCUCAGAGACAUUUUGAGGGAAAAGAUCAUGCAGAAUCCUACCAGCUACACCGGGUUUCUCCUCCUCAGGAACUCAUAGACGAAGUGCUGAACUUCCUACGAAAAAGAAUCAAUGAGGAUUUGGAUCUGGCUGUGGAUGUAGGCUGUGGGUCAGGACAGGGCACUGAGCUCCUCGCCCCGUACUUCAUGACUGUGGUUGGGACAGACAUCAGUCCAGCUCAGCUGAAGAUCGCCAGUGACAAAGAUCAUGCAGCAAAUAUAUGUUACAGAGAGAGCCCUGCAGAAGAUCUGCCGUUUGAGGACAGUAUUGCCGACUUGGUCUCCUCCAUGUCCGCUGCUCACUGGUUUGACCAUUCGCGUUUUCUGCAGGAGGUGGACAGGAUUUUGAAACCCGGCGGAUGUCUCGCUCUGCUCAGCUACACCAUGGACUUUGAGCUGGAAUAUGGAGAAAGCACCUCAAAACUCAAUAAAAUCUGUGAAGAGUUCUAUGCAGCUCUGCAUCCUUACCGGAAAGCUUAUAUUGGGUCCAGUUCCAUCCAAGUCUACAAGAACAUCUAUGAUUCUAUUUCAUAUGCAGAUAAAGAGUGGCAUGAAUGUCUGAAGAGUAGGAGGAUUAUGCCAUUGUCAAAGUUCAUAGGCUUGGUUGAAACUUUCUCCACUUAUCAAGGUUUCCUGGAAAAAGAUCCUGUUGAGGCCAAGAAACUCUCCAAGACCAUCACUGAUAGGUUGUUGGAAGCAAUGGGAGCCUCGUCGACUGACACAGAAUUGACAGUGAUAAUAAACUAUUUUUAUAUAUUAGCCUCUAAACCACGUGAAUCCUGACAUGAUCCUUCGAACAACACAGAUCCAUUGAAGAGCAUCAAAGCGUGUUUUGUAUCUCUGCUCUGAAGCGUUUGAACAAUAAACACUUAACCCCACGCUUGGA